AUGUUAUAUAGCUAAACUAUCAUUUAUCUAUCAUAUUGAUGCUGCAUACAUUGGAAUGAGAAUUUGAAGGAUAGAAGAAUAUCAACAUAUUUCAUUUGAUAAAAUCACUAGUAUCUGAUAUCAAUGGAUUUUAAUUCAUUUUCACAUUUCUUUUUGUGGUUUUUAUCUCCUUGUAUCACGUCUUCUGUCUCACAAUUAUGUGAAGGUCCUGACGGUAAAGGAUGCUGUAGUGGAUAUAUAUGGAAUGAAGCACAAAAUAACUGUACACGUUGCACGGAUGGCUUUUACGGUAGGGACUGUUCUAUACCUUGUCCAAAACCAUUAUUUGGCUGGGAUUGUCAAUUAAAUUGCAAAUGCAGCAGUGAAGACUGUCACCACGUGUAUGGUUGCAGGAAAACUCCAUCAGAAGAUUAUUCAUCAUUGCACAGCAGUGAAAUAUCCACCAUACCUGCAUCUGCUUCAAGUACAAUUUAUAACAAGGCUGCAACAGAGACUGCACCGAAAUCUACCAACGUCCCCCAUAUUGACAAAACAUGUCAUGAAGAGAGUGGAGACAUAAAUAAAAGCAAUUCGACAUCUUUAAUUGCGGGUAUUAUCAGUCUUCUGAUCGUUGCGGGAAUAUUGCUGAUCCUGUACGCAAUGGCUUAUUUACAUAAAUUCACCCGUAUAGUUCAAGAGUAAAAGCAUACUCUGAAAUGCUGAAACUUAAUAACACCCACGUUCAAUCAAAAUAUGACCGCAUGAAAUAUUUUAUCUCAACAUGUAUCUAAAAGAGCAAUAAUGCAAUGAAAUACUCAAGUUUUGUUCUAUUCAGAUUUCUUAUUUAUACUAAACAAGAAACACAUAGUACUAAUUUAUGGUGAAUCUUAUCAAAUAAUUUUUGAAACAUGUUUUGAUAAAGAGUGAAUGUUCCAAUUACUCAUAGUAGCAUUUGAUGUUAUUAUUUACUAGAAAAAAGAUUUGAUAUAAUUUGAGGACAGUAGAACGUGGUUUCAUAGAAUCUUAAAUCAGUCCCUAUAACUCUCGAGUGUUGUAAGUUCCUAUUGCAAGUGUUACAUCCACCAGUAGUCUAUCAAAUCCAGAGGUUCUUUAUAUUUUAUAGCAUUAUUAUUAUACGUAACCGCUUUUUAAGACUUGUCGUGUCUGAAUGAUGCUUACCGCAACGAUGCAAUUGGAUGAAUGGAAGCAGGUGUGUCAUCAUUUACAGUUGCAAGAUCUUUAUUUGUUGCACAAAGUACCAUAUCGCGCCUUUGGAGCAGAUAUCAACACCAUGGUUCAACAAAUGAUCGUCAUAGAACAGAUAAAUCACACGAUAUAUCAUCAGCACAGUAUCACGUCAUCUGGUUGCUUCAAUGUCAACGAUUCACAACAGCGCCAUACACCACAACUAUCAUUCUUGGGAUUUGUAGAAUGAAAAAUGAAAAGGGUGAAGAGAACAAAUACUGACCAAUCUCAAAAUUCUAAUUAGGAAUGCAAAUUCAGAGUAGGGCAAACACGGACUCCUUGAUACCAGAGGUGAGAAUAGGUGGCUAGGUGUAAGCAUCCUCUGUUGACCGAUCAUGCCAGCCAUCAUCUUGAUCGGGUAAACAAAGUAAUCCAUAGUCAAAUAUGUCUAUAAACAACCACCCCAGUUGGUAUAAAACAUGCCUGACAGCAUUUCAUCCAAUGGUAUUAUGUUUUAAUAAACAUUGUUAUAAAGAAACCAUGUACAGGUGAUAA